UGUGCUCUGUAGUGUGAACAUUCUGUGGUGAUGUGAUGUGAAUUGUGAACCUGUGAUCGAGACGUCUGCAAUAUCACAAUAUGUCUGACUAUUUGGAAAUAUUUUUAGAAUAAGCGUACAUGAUACUAAAUAAUUAAAGGAUUCAUUUAAUGGUCGUCCAUGAUAUGGACAAUAUAUGACAAAGGUUUAAAAAAGAUCGAUAAGAAGGCGAGUUAUAGUGAAGAUAUGUGUUGUGGGCAAUUCGCCUUACUUGUGUAUAGUAGUUAUGCGCGUGACGGGCACCGAGCAGAGUGGUGCUUCGGUCUGAGCGCUCAUUGGACGAUAUAACGAUUCUCGCAUCGCCAGGGUCACCCUGUGCGACGCGUUUUUGUACAUAUUGUUACACUAUAGACAACAAAUAUGGAUCAGAGAGUGCAAUGCCCUGUGUGUACACUGUACCUACAUAGUGGAAUGUCCUUAGAGUCACAUCUGGACACACAUCCAAAAGAUCAAGUUAUAAAAGCAUUGUGCUGUCUCUCAAAGAGCAGCAGCAGUAGUAGCAGCAAUACCUUUAGUAGUAGAACACCUACCCCUUUGACCUCAGAGAGAUCUUACAGGAGUAGGUCAAGAACCCCUGCCACUGAUGAUAGUGGUAGAUGGGCGGCAUCACAUCGAAAUAAUGAAAAUGAAAGGUUCUGGAGGAGGACUCCGAGCCGAACCAAGUCUACACCAACAUCUAAUACCUCAAGAAAUGCAACACCAGAUCUUAGAAUUGGAAGUAUUACAUUUGAAAACACCUCAAACAACAAUUCUAGUCACUGUUCAGACUCUUAUACAGUGAAAUCUGAUAAAACUCAGACAUAUGGCUCUAAUGCACCAUCAUCAGACUUUGAUCAACCAUACCCAUUCUUUACUGAACAACAAGAUGAUCCUGAGAUAAAAUUUUCACGUAGUUCUGAGUACAGUCCGCAGAUUGAAAAUACAAGCAAUAUUUUUGGAUACAACAUGCCAAUAAUGGGGUCGGCCUCUAAAAUACCUUCUGCCAAUCCAAUAGCCUCCAGAAGGGGGAGUGAUUAUGUUAAAAUAGUGCCAAAAUCUGGUAAUAUACUAUUGAAGAGUAAUGUCGGAGGAAUGCCAUACCUGUCACCUGGGGGGAAACCAAUGCAUGUGGUAUUGCCUAAUACUCCAUCAUUCACACCGAAGACUUUGCAGAAUAAUUUGGUUAUGCCGGGUUCAUUACAAGGAUCAUCAACAAUCGACCCAAAAACUGUAACUUCAAAUUCUAGCCAGUAUAACCAAUUGACGUCUGACACAUUCACACAAAGCAGUACAGUUGUCACUCAGAAUUCACAAAUUAUUUAUAGGGAAAUGGUUCACAAUGUCGAUGGCAAGCCGUACAUUUCUAAUGUGCCGUCCGCAGGAGGUCAGGAAAAUGCCACAAAUGUAGCACAAUCUAGUUCAAUGUACCAAAACGUGAUGGUUGUUGACCAGUUUGGUAACACUUCGUGUAUGUACACGUCACCACAUUUAUUACCUAAAACAAAUAGUUCUUUUAAUGAAAAUUUAUCAUAUGUUCAAAAUGUGCCAGAAAAGUCUGUUCCUAAUGUAGUUAAUGAUGCAAAUAAGACACUUAUUAUCGAGGUAAGCCCAAUGUUACCACCAGAUACUUCUAGCAGCGCAAGUGUGAGUCCAAACUUGCAGCGGACAAAACCACAGUCUGCAAUUAAAAAAAAUGAGAGAGAAAAGUCAGAAUCAAAGAAUGAUACCUCCGGAUCGACUAAAGGUUUAAAAAUUCUAAGCAAUAUUAAGGUUGAAGUUCCUGUGCAGCACCACAAAAAUAUGCUCAACACUGUUAUGGAUCUUACGGGUUCCACGGAUUCUGACUAUCCCGAACCGUCGGUUACACCGGAGAAGAUAUUACCAGAUCUUGAUGAUAAUCCAAGUACGAACGAUGACUGUACUCAGCCUUCAAUUGCAAGCAUUGACAGUAUCGGUUCAAAUUCAUUUUCGGUCAUCAAAAAUUCGAGUAAUUCAUCGUUCAAGGAAAGUGUCAGUAAGCCGGGCAGCGUUGACAACAAAAUGGAUACUGAGUUCUCAGACAGUUGUCCCGUUCCUGAUCUGAUAUGCAAUGAGAAACCAUCGAUAUCACCUUGCAGCGAGCUAUCGGAACACGGGGAUAAUUCAACCGAUCGAACAUCCCCCAUGCCUAAGCCAGAAAGCAGCCAAUCAGUCAUCUCAGCCAGCACCACAGACACCGACAAAAAACCGUCUUGCAAAGCAAAAAACAACUUACUCAGAAUAAAUAACAUAUUCGUUAAAAAGCACAAAAAGGUCCUACAAAUUAAAAACGCAAAACUGUUUCCGCCCAAUCACAGCCAGAUUCAUGACACAAGAGAGUCGUCAUCAUCGAACAAAUCGCCAGAAAACUUUAGCAUCAAUAAAAUUCAUUCCGAAAACGGCAACGCGAAACCUGGUGGAAUCAUACAGAACAUUAGUAUCGAGAAGAUUAAAGCUAUUGAGGAGCAUCAGAACGAGUUCGACGCUAACACGGAGGAACAGUCUAUGGACAUUGAACCAGUGACACCGUCUAAUGUGAAUCACAGUCACUACACCACCACUGUCGACAUGGUGCAUGUGAAAGAGGAAGUGAAUUCCAGCAACGAUUUCAGCAAUGAAGAGAGGUCUUCCACCGAUAUCGCACCCAUGGAGACCUUGAGACCCAUAAACGUUAUCAACUACAGCAACAUGACAGGGGAUUUUGACGAGGAAUCAAAUCACAGGGAACUAUUGGAAUUGGAAGCAGCUUCAAAAAACAAACAAUUCGUCUCGAUGAUGAAUGAAAAUUACUUCGGCGACAACAUCUAUGCCGAUUACUUCACGCCGGAUCGCGUGGAAGCCUUCGACGCGGCCAAAGAGUCCAACUACGUGAAAGACAAUACAAAGGAUCCCAUGUACAUAUGGGGGGAACCGUCUCAGAAGGAGAGCGAAUUCGUGCUACCGAACUUUAUUCACGAGAGUUACAAGAUAGCUGAAAACGGGGUCGACUACAACGAUAUGGCCGGUGAUAACCAAGUGGAAGUCGACAGGUGUGAGAGGGACAGCAAGGCGGACGUGUUGAGUGAGGGGGAGCCGCCGCUGAACAUCUGCUCCGACGAGAGGAUGCCGCCGCGGGGCGAACUCAGCGGCCAGGAGAGCAACGGCGACAUGGAGUCUCCGUGGAACGGGAUGUAUUCGGGUGUGCCGCCCGCGGAGCCCUACGAUCUGAUGGCUCGCGAGAGCUGGGUGUCCGAUGCGUCCGAAGACGAAGCCAAUGAGAAGACUGAAAAUAUCGAGGAGGAAGUGCAUUUUACGAAGAUGAGGCAAUACAACUGUGCUCAAUGCAGUACAAAGUUUGCGACUCUGAAAGAGAUGAGAGCUCACAGGGCGAUCGCCCACGCCCUGCCCACGUGUUCCAGCGCGAAGACCUCGUACAGCCGUCUCAUGACCGCCCGCGCCAUUAAGAAGGAGGAGAAACCCGAUGAAUCUGUAUUAGCGGGCAAUCUCCUGACGUUGGAUUCCAAGGAGUCAAUGGCGACCACCAUGAUGAUGUACGAUUCCAUGAACGAAACGAAGCCGCAGAUCGAAAGACUGAUCAAGUCCGAGACCAAGAAGAGGCGGCGGGACUACGUCUGCCCCACGUGUAAGGAGGAUCAGCUCACGGAGGCCGGCUUCCACGCGCAUCUUAAGAUACAUCCCUUGGAAUGCCUCACGUGCGGGAAAUGCUUCUUCAGACGAGCGAACCUCGCUCUGCAUGCGAGAACCCAUACCGGGAUAAAGAAUUUUAAGUGUGAGAUCUGCGAGAAGCGUUUCCUCACUCGUCAGAAGCUGACGGAGCACCACAACGUCCACACCGGCCGCACUCCCGUCAAGUGCACCAUGUGCGACGACACCUUCAGGAGAUACUCCAACAUGGUACAGCACAGAGACAGACAUCACUUCAAAAAGAAGGCGAAGGUUCGAGAUUUCCUUUGCCAUUGCGGGGCGGUGUUCCACUCGAGGGCGAAGCUCCACUGGCACAAGGAGACUCACGAGGACAAGCCCAAGGCGUGCCUCUAUUGCAGCGACAAGUUCGUUCACGCGGCGUCGCUCACUCGCCAUGUGAGGAGGACACACAACGAGCACUUCAGCUCGCUGAGGAUCAAGGGCAAGCUGGAGAACGUGCCGUGUCCUGUCUGUAAACAGAUGUAUCUUCGAACAAACCUGCGAGCUCAUCUCCUGACUCAUAGCGGGAAGCGGCCGUACCACUGCAUCAUAUGCAACAAGGGCUUCACCACCAAGUGGAAUCUCAAGCUGCACAGGUGGACCCACCUGAGUCGAUCGGCGAAGCCCUACAAAUGUACUCUGUGCAAGGGAGCCUUCAUCAGGCACACGGAGUACAUCUCACACAUGAACGCUCACAAGUCAGUGCGCCCAUACACCUGCAACUACUGCGGCUGCCAGUUCAUCAGGAAAUACAACUGCCAGCGGCACGUGCGGGAACACGAGAUCGCUAAGAAGUACGUGUGCAAGGUGCCGGAGUGCGGUAAAUCAUUCCACAGGAGUUACUACCUGUCCGAACACAUGAAGGUUCACAGCGGCGCGCGGCCCUUCGCGUGCAACAUAUGCGGGAAGACGUCAAGCAACAAGUCGAACCACAACAAGCACGUUAAAAUACACCACGCCAGAGAACCGGUGGCCACGGAGGCUUAGGCCGGCUGUCUUAACACUGGCCCCGGUCUUGUGGGCAGCGACGACCUGCCCGUGUAAAUAUUAGUUAAAUUUUUUAAAAUUCUACCAUGUAAAUACAGGACCAAGGAUGUACUGCUGGGUGUAUACCACAUUUAGAUGCCUAUUCGUGUGCCGUUCAGGUAACUGUCCCACAUAUAUAACAAGUGUCGCACGAGAAUCACAAAACUGCUAAAUUAAUGGAUUAUCUUCUACAGUAUAAUCGAAAUUUUCUAAUAAAAAAUAGGUUGUGAACAGAAUACUAAUUCAGAAUAAACGAAUUUUCUCUGUAAAUAUUCUAGAUGAAUUUUUGUGGUAAUGUCAGUCAGGCAAUGUACAUAACUUAGUUAAAUUACUGAGGGCAUUCGGUGACGGUACCCCGCUUGUUGUGACUAUGUCUUUAUUUCUUGUUCUUUCAUAGCUUUAACGUUUGAGGGAGAUUCUGUAAUGAGUUUUGAAGGUAUUAAUGCAUUUUUUUUUUAAUUUAAACUACGCCUGAUGGAAUUCGACCGCAAAAUGUUUUAUUACAGAAUUUGCUCAAGCUUUAUCGGGAUUUUUGCUCAAAGCACCGUGUUUCUAUACAUUGACCGUCUCGGCAUUUUUCAUUCAGAUUUCGGAUACUUUAAUUAUUAUAAUUUAGUUUUAAAUUUUAUUUAUUAUUAUAUUUUAUUUUUAAUUAUUUAGUCUUAUUUUACUUAAUUUUUUUACUAGCCGAUGAACUUUUGAUAACAUUUGACAGUUUUUUCUUAAGUCUUCCGUAUGCUAAAUUAAUGUUUAUAUAAUCUGUGUCUAUUAUGUUGUGUGUUGACAGCAGUGAAAAUAUUUAACAUCUUUCAGAGUCGUAUGAAACAGAAUGUAUAAUAUAAAUUUAAUUUAUGCCUUUAUAUAUUUAUCUUUAUAUAAAAUUAAAAGCAAACAUUUGAAUUUGAGAGCCAGGUCUGAAGACAUGUUAUUGUGUUACUGAAUACUUUUCUGUAGUUGAAAAUACGAAAAAUAGCUUAUAGUGAAACAGUUCAAUAUUUAUAUGUACGGUAUGCUUUAAGAUUAUUUAAGUUGAGAUGCGCCAAGCGAAUUACAAAACAUGUUUUGUCAUCUUAACGGCCCGUAGUGAGUUAAUACAUUUACUCUUACCCCGAGUUCGCAUCGGCAAACUAGAAACGAACAGUUGGUAGUUCUUCAUUAAUACCUACUUUAAUACAGACAUGUGCUGAGAUUUAUGUGUGGAAUACUUGAAACUGUCUGUUUAGUUUGACCAUGGGAACUCGUCAUAAGGGACUGUCUAAUAUUGCGCACAGCGAACUAAACGAGACCAAACAUGUUUCUCAACAGAUGCCAAGAUAUUUUAUUGAGCUCGAAAACAAAUUAAUGUAUGAAAUGGGCUUUUUUAUAUGUAAAUGAAAUUAAAAUAUUCCAUAUUUUAAGUACAAAAAAACAAUGUAUCCCACCGGUGAUUCAGCUUGGCGUCGGGACUUGGAACGUGCAUAAUAAUAGUAUUUUUUGUUGUUGCCAUAUAUUUAGGCGACGUGUAAAAACGUACUCUAUAUUAAGUGCGUAAAGUUCAAUUUACUAUGAAAUUCUACUGUGAUUGAAAAUUUUUCGUAUUAGUUUAAAAAAAAAGGAUAUGAAUGUAACUGAUGUAUAAGCAAUCGUGCAAUCUUAGCCGUUUGUGGUUAUCGUUGUUAUGUAACGGACCGCGACUCUACCAAACGUAAAGAUUUUAUAAACUACCCUAAGAAAAUAUGACGCGACAGUGUUGCCAUCUCUUUCUAACACAUGACAAUUAGUAUUAAAAAAAAAGAGUCAAAAGAGUUCAGGAAUUUUAAUAUUCUUCCAUAGUUUAAAAGCUUUAUUUUGGUAGAGCGUUUGGUUUAUUUAUAUAUUUAUAUAUAUAUCUAUAUGUAUAUAUAGAUUGUUGUCUUUUAAUGAAUCACACCAGCUGUGUUCAUGAAUGUCGUAUUUUUAAUUUUUUCUGUAUUUUUUUUAACGUAAAACAAUGAUCUCGUAAUUUACAGCAAAAGUUUGAUUUUUUUUGUUAUUGUAGUUGAAUUAAAUAGCUUUAGAACGCGCUGGAGGGCUCUCGAUGUCGUAUCUGAUAGGUGUGUUAUCGCAUGGCCCGCUAAUAGCGUCCUUUACUCGGCUAUUAUAGUAAGAUCUUUAUUUAUUUUAAAGUAAUUUGUAAAUAUUACGGUAUAUUGUUUUGUAAUAUGUGGGUCGUGCACCAAAACACAGUUCAGCGGGGUUACUGAACUGGACAUUGUGUCUGCAAUAAAUUAAAAUAAGGUAAACGA